AUGAUGCUCCGAAUUCGAAGCCGAGACGGCCUCGAAAGAGUAAAACUAGAAAACCCAAACGGAACAAAAGUCUCCGAACUCAAAUCCAUAAUCGAACAACAAUUGCGAAUUCCCACUCACAAUCAAACCCUAUCCACUAACCAAAACCUCUUACUUGCCAAAUCUCGUGAAGAUCUUCUCCGAUUCACUGAUAUGUCAAACCCUAACACUCCUUUAACAGCUUUAAACCUAUCCCACGGUUCAAUUGUGUUUUUAGCCUAUGAAGGCGAACGUAGGGUUCAAGGUCCAGCGGCUUUCAGUCCAGCCGGUUCUUUCGGUAAGAAGAUGACCAUGGACGAUCUCAUCGCGAAACAGAUGCGUGUCGGUCGACAGGAGAAUCCGCACUGUGAAAUUGUUUCGUUUGAUCGCGAUUGCGCUAACGCGUUUCAGCACUAUGUGAAUGAGACACUGGCUUUUGCGGUUAAGAGAGGUGGGUUUAUGUUUGGGACUGUUUCUGAGGAAGGGAAGGUUGAGGUGAAUUUUAUAUAUGAACCGCCGCAACAAGGUUUGGAAGAGAAUCUUAUGUUUUUUAGGGAUCCUGAGGAGGAGAAAUAUGUGGAAGCUAUUGCUGCGGGGUUAGGGAUGAGAAGGGUUGGUUUUAUUUUUACUCAGAGUGUGAGUCAGGCGAAAAAGGAUUAUACUUUGUCUUAUAGGGAAGUGUUGCAGGCUGCUGAGUAUCAUGCUGAGAGUGGUUUGAAGGAGUGGGUUACUGCGGUGGUGAAGCUUGAGGUGAAUGAAGAAGCGGGUGGUGCUGAUGUUCAUUUUGAAGCUUUUCAGAUGAGUGAUGUGUGUAUUAGGUUGUUUAAGGAAAGUUGGUUUGACACUGAGGUUAAGGAGGAUCAUGAUCCUAAGUUGUCUAUAAUGAAGAAGGAUGUGGUUGUUGGUGUUAAGGAUACUAAAGAGGUUGAUAAUGAUUUCUUCUUGGUGGUUGUCAAAAUCGCUGAUCAUCAGGGUCCUCUUUCAUCGACAUUUCCCGUUGAGAACCGGAAUACUCAAGUGACUGCAAAGGCACUGAAGAAUCAUCUUGAGCGGACUAAAAAUCUUCCAUUUGUGAAACGAAUUUCAGAUUUUCAUCUUCUUCUCAUACUAUCAAGGGUUUUGGACGUGAAUGCUGAUGUUCCUGCAUUGACAGAAUGUGUACUGACACAGAGUGCUGUAGCAGAAGGUUAUCAGAUCCUUAUUGAGUCCAUGGCUAGUGCUGCUUAG